AUGGUCCCAGACACCCAGCUUCUGGCACAGGGGGGUAAGCAAACACAACACCACACCUUCUCCGUUGACACCAACCGUACGGCACUGCAGCCUAUCAUCUACGGUGAGCUAUUUGGUAGCAGCAUGAAGCCAUUCCUGGAGCCUGGGUCCAGCGGGGAAGGGGCAGAUUCACCGCUGCCAUUCUUUGAUCUAGAUUCUAGACUCGACUAUGUCGAGUACUGUAUCCAAAAUUUGGUGUGUAAGAGUUAUCCAGGCGUUGGAUUCUUACCCGUUGGCCGCUAUGCGCCUGAGAACCGGGACACCUUACCGCCUGAUCAGUAUGAGCUAGCUUCGGCAUAUCCUGACCUGCAUGCGGUGGCAGCGCAUGUGGGCGGAUGUAAAUGGCUAUGGGAUAUGGAGAAGGGACCCUUUGAUGAUGAUGAAAAGGAUUCACAGAAAGAGGACGAGGGAGUUUGGAGAUUGAAGUUAAUCAGAGAUGCGUUGCAGACCAUGGGGAUUGAAGGGAUGCAACUACUGACUCUGCCGCGGGAGAUAAUUCCCCCUGAGCUUCUUCUGGUGACGGUGCGCAAGAUACGGGACCAAAUUGAGGCACUGAAGCAACCGCCUCCUGUGUAUAUUGUUGGUGACGUGUUGCAGGCGCCUGUUUCACAGGAUGUUUACGUAUGCAUGGCCACCUACUGGCGCGGAACAAAUUAG